AUGGGGAGACCCUGCCUUGCCCCUGGACCGUACAUUGUGCAAGGACCUCCGGUGCGCCUCCGUUACCCCGCGGGAUCCCGCCUCCUUCCUCCCCCCAGUGCGCCUCUCUUCUGCCGCGGGAUCCCGCCUCCUUCCUCCCCCCGAUGCGCCUCAGUUACCCCGCGGGAUCCCGCCUCCUUCCUCCUCCCAGUGCGCCUCUCUUCUGCCGCGGGAUCCCGCCUCCUUCCUCCCCCAGGUGCGCCUCAGUUACCCCGCGGGAUCCCGCCUCCUUCCUCCCCCCUGUGCGCCUCUCUUCUGCCGCAGGAUCCCGCCUCCUUCCUCCCCCCGAUGCGCCUCAGUUACCCCGCGGGAUCCCGCCUCCUUCCUCCCCCCAGUGCGCCUCUCUUCUGCCGCAGGAUCCCGCCACCUUCCUCCCCCCGGUGCGCCUCAAUUACCCCGCGGGAUCCCGCCUCCUUCCUCCCCCCAGUGCGCCUCUCUUCUGCCGCAGGAUCCCGCCUCCUUCCUCCCCCCGAUGCGCCUCAGUUACCCCGCGGAAUCCCGCCUCCUUCCUCCUCCCAGUGCGCCUCUCUUCUGCCGCAGGAUCCCGCCUCCUUCCUCCCCCCGAUGCGCCUCAGUUACCCCGCGGGAUCCCGCCUCCUUCCUCCCCCCAGUGCGCCUCUCUUCUGCCGCAGGAUCCCGCCUCCUUCCUCCCCCCGGUGCGCCUCAGUUACCCCGCGGGAUCCCGCCUCCUUCCUCCCCCCGAUGCGCCUCAGUUACCCCGCGGGAUCCCGCCUCCUUCCUCCCCCCAGUGCGCCUAUCUUCUGCCGCGGGAUCCCGCCUCCUUCCUCCCCCCAGUGCGCCUCUCUUCUGCCGCAGGAUCCCGCCUCCUUCCUCCCCCCGAUGCGCCUCAGUUACCCCGCGGAAUCCCGCCUCCUUCCUCCUCCCAGUGCGCCCCUCUUCUGCCGCGGGAUCCCGCCUCCUUCCUCCCCCCGAUGCGCCUCAGUUACCCCGCGGGAUCCGGCCUCCUUCCUCCCCCCAGUGCGCCUCUCUUCUGCCGCGGGAUCCCGCCUCCUUCCUCCCCCCGGUGCGCCUCAGUUACCCCGCGGGAUCCCGCCUCCUUCCUCCCCCCAGUGCGCCUCUCUUCUGCCGCAGGAUCCCGCCUCCUUCCUCCCCCCGAUGCGCCUCAGUUACCCCGCGGAAUCCCGCCUCCUUCCUCCUCCCAGUGCGCCUCUCUUCUGCCGCGGGAUCCCGCCUCCUUCCUCCCCCCGAUGCGCCUCAGUUACCCCGCGGGAUCCCACCUCCUUCCUCCCCCCAGUGCGCCUCUCUUCUGCCGCAGGAUCCCGCCUCCUUCCUCCCCCCGAUGCGCCUCAGUUACCCCGCGGGAUCCCGCCUCCUUCCUCCCCCCAGUGCGCCUCUCUUCUGCCGCGGAAUCCCGCCUCCUUCCUCCCCCCGAUGCGCCUCAGUUACCCCGCGGGAUCCCGCCUCCUUCCUCCCCCCGAUGCGCCUCAGUUACCCCGCGGGAUCCCGCCUCCUUCCUCCCCCCAGUGCGCCUCUCUUCUGCCGCGAGAUCCCACCUCCUUCCUCCCCCCAGUGCGCCUCUCUUCUGCCGCGGGAUCCCGCCUCCUUCCUCCCCCCGAUGCGCCUCAGUUACCCCGCGGGAUCCCGCCUCCUUCCUCCCCCCGAUGCGCCUCAGUUACCCCGCGGGAUCCCGCCUCCUUCCUCCCCCCAGUGCGCCUAUCUUCUGCCGCGGGAUCCCGCCUCCUUCCUCCCCCCGGUGCGCCUCAGUUACCCCGCGGGAUCCCGCCUCCUUCCUCCCCCCAGUGCGCCAGCUCUUCUGCCGCGGGAUCCCGCCUCCUUCCUCCCCCCGGUGCGCCUCAGUUACCCCGCGGGAUCCCGCCUCCUUCCUCCCCCCAGUGCGCCUAUCUUCUGCCGCGGGAUCCCGCCUCCUUCCUCCCCCCGGUGCGCCUCAGUUACCCCGCGGGAUCCCGCCUCCUUCCUCCUCCCAGUGCGCCUCUCUUCUGCCGCGGGAUCCCGCCUCCUUCCUCCCCCCGAUGCGCCUCAGUUACCCCGCGGGAUCCCGCCUCCUUCCUCCCCCCAGUGCGCCUCACUACCGCCGUCAGAUUUUGGUCGUUCGCUCCUACAGAUGCACCUCACUUCCGCCGCGAUAUCUUGCUGAUUCCCUCCACUGAAUGCACCCAACGAUUUCUAUCUCGGCGUCGCCUGCAUAUGCCUCCUGUUGCCCUAUCCGCGUAUUAA